AUGACAGAAGUAAACCUAGAGACUGACACAUGAGGUAAUGCCUUUGCUGCAUAAUUAAUUCAGAUUCUGACUUGGAUGCUGUCCCUUACCUGCCUGCUGUUCACACCCACAACCUGGGAUCUGUUCACACCCACAACCUGUGUUUUGUUUCCACCCAAAGCUAGCUGUCCAGCCUGAGUGCUGCUCUCAUUAAGCCUGGUAAUCCUUUACUUUCUAGUGGGGAUACAGGAUACUGAUAAUUCUGCAGGGCCUUUCUGCAAGUUCCCACAUGUGUCAAAGGACAAAUAAAUUCCUUCACAAUUCACUGAGAAAAACUUGGGUAUGAAUAAGUGGAAAGAACCACAGAUGAUGAUCCUAAAACUCUUAACAUCAUACUGGUGAGGGCAGCAUCAGGGGUAUAUGAUAGCUCAAGUAUUGCAUGGCACCUCACACCUACCUGAGCCUGACCUGGGGCACGAUCAUCUGCAUUAUCCCUGCAGUAAAGAUGCAUUUUUAGAGGUGUAGAGCACUGAAGACUGGCUUGAUACUUCUAUUCAAGCGGUUGGGCAAAUAAUAUUCCUGUAGUUUUCUGUGUGUGUACCUCCCUCCAUGCUCUUAACCUAGUGGGAGUGACUUUGUUUAUAGUCAAACGCAUAGUUCUUUCUCCAUUUUGUGUGAAUUAUUCCAUUGACUUCAGUAGGGCUAAUUAUGUGUGUCAAGAAUCUAGGUACAUGCACACCUGUUUGUGGAACUGGGGCCAAAAUGACUAGUGAGACCAUAUUGAAACUGGUGUUUUCACAAGUCUCAGAACUUACUAGAUUGGGAAACUGUUGCCUUCAACACUAAACACUAGACUUGUGAAUUAUACACCACUGCAAAUGUAUCCAUAUCAGAUACCUGUAGAGCAGUCGCCUGCAGUUCAGUUAACAAAAUGUUAUCCAACUUCUGAAUAAGGCAUCCAGCUUAGAUGCCUUAUUCAGCAAAGUAGUGUUUCAGUUUCUCAUUCCCUUAAACUCUGAAGUUGCUAAGUCUGAAUGUACUGGUGCAUUGGAACGCUCCACAGUGCAACAUCCAUGAAGGCAAUCUUUAAAGAGAAAAACUCCUGAUAGUGACUAUAGUUCUUGGAGAUGCAUUGUCCACAUGCCCUUUCUGCAACCUGCACUUCCUUUUCUUUCUUAAUCCUGCCCACCUGAGCUGUGACUGACACAUACUGUUCUUUAUGCACUUGGUGCAGAGCACAAGAAGGAAAUAGGUGCAUGUGCAUUAUACAAACCCUGUUGACCAAAGUCUCUAAGCUCAGCUGCAUGACACACACGCGUACCUCAUGGGAUUCAUAGAAUGUGGGCUGGAAGAGACUUUGGAAGAUCAUUGGGUCCAGCCCUCCUGCACCAAGCAGGAUGUGUGUAUAGGCAAUGCAUCUUGAAGAUCUCCAAUUUCUAUAUGGUAAGUUAUUAUGCUCUUCUGCUCUACCCUGAUCCCAUAGGGAAUCCUAAAAUCCUCUGCACUGAAUGAAUGGAAACACUGUUUUCUCCUGGUUCCCCAAAGAAAUCCAUACGAAUAAGGUUUUUUUCUUCUUUUUUUUUAACAAUAAAGUGCAAAUACAUAAAUAAAGUAUUCUGUAAAGAAAUCAUAUGUAUUCACCUUAUGCAAGUAAAGUAGUCACUCACAGCGUGAGUUAUUGCUGUGAUGAAGUGUGGUGUUUGCUGAGAAGUGUAGUUUAUGCUCCCAGCAAUGGACCAGUGUUUUAGGGCCUUCCUCCAGCAGGACUUCUGCACUGUGUUGAGGUCGCUUGCUCCAAAAAGUGAACUUUUUAUGGUCCCUUCCCAUAUCACUGGCCCAUCAUGUUUUAGAAUCAGUGUGCAGUAGGUUCAGAGGAACUGUUGCAUGUCUGAAUAUGAAUGUUUCAACACCGGGUCUCAAGCGAUUGAGAAGAUAACUACUGUAUAUUGACUUUCAAUUCUGGUUGGAGAUUUUUUUUAUAUACUUUAUAUAACUUCAUUGGUAUAGUUUUGCUCAUUGAAAGAGAAGAGAUGAUCAUUAUUGAGGAAUGCAUUUGAAGUAGAGCAAUGUAGGAACUGUUUGCUUAUUUGCGCCCCCUUUUUUUAUUCAUCUAGUUUUAAUUUGCUUUUUAAAAAUACUGUCUUCAAGAUCUGAUCGAUUCCACUACCCUUAUUAAAUCACUUCAUAGAUUAUUCUUGAUGAGCCAUAGGAAAAACACCUUUCCUGCAUGUUCAUUUGGCAUGUGAGGUAGUUUUGAUCACAGAUUGGAAGGGGGAGGAGUUCAAGCUUGGAAUGUAAAUACCUAGAAGUGAAGCAGUAUAAAGUAACACCUGAGAAAUCUCACAGUCGAAGCAGGCUGCUCACAAAUGGCUGUCCCAAGGUCUCUCUUAGUUCUGGAGAACUUCAUAGGUGGUAAAUUUGUUCCCUGCUCCUCUUACUUAGAUUCCUAUGAUCCGUCCACAGGAGAAGUGUAUUGCAGAGUGCCAGACAGUGGCAAAGAGGAGGUGGAAGCUGCAGUCAGUGCUGCCAGAGAUGCCUUUCCAUCCUGGUCAUCUAAAAGCCCUUGGGAAAGAUCUCAGAUAAUGAACAAGUUAGCAGAUUUGAUUGAGCAGGAGCUCGAGGCAUUUGCACAAGCAGAAUCAAAGGAUCAGGGAAAAACCAUUACAUUUGCUAGAACAGUGGACAUCCCUCGGGCAGUGUAUAACUUACGGUUCUUUGCCUCAUCUAUUCUUCACCAUACUUCAGAGUGCACACAGAUGGACCAGAUGGGGUGCAUGCAUUACACCAUGAGAGUCCCUGGAGGAAUUGCUGGUUUAAUUAGUCCUUGGAAUUUACCACUUUACUUGCUGACAUGGAAAAUCGCCCCAGCCAUUGCAUGUGGAAACACUGUCAUUGCCAAGCCAAGUGAGAUGACAUCUGUCACUGCUUGGAUGAUGUGCAAACUCUUGGAUAAAGCAGGAAUCCCUCCAGGGGUGGUAAACAUCGUGUUUGGAACUGGCCCCAAGGCUGGGGAAGCGAUUGUCUCCCAUCCUGAUGUGCCACUGAUCUCCUUCACUGGGAGUACACUCACGGGCCAGCUCAUCAUGGAGAGGAGUGCCCCACGCUGCAAAAAACUCUCUCUGGAACUUGGAGGCAAGAAUCCUGCUAUCAUCUUUGAGGAUGCUGACCUGGACCAGUGCAUCCCUACCACUGUGAGAUCCAGCUUUGCAAAUCAGGGUGAAAUCUGCCUUUGCACCAGCAGGAUCUUUGUUCAGAGAGGCAUUUAUCAUGAGUUUUUGAAGAGGUUUGUUGAAGAAACCAAAAAAUGGAAGGUUGGGAGCCCCUCUGAUCCCACAGCCAACAUGGGGGCCCUGAUAAGCAAAGAACACUUAGAAAAGGUGAAGAAGUAUGUGAAGAAGGCAGAGGCUGAAGGAGCUAGAAUUCUGUGUGGAGAGGGGAUCGAGUCCUUGCAGCUUCCAACCAGAAAUCAGAAUGGCUAUUUCAUGCUGCCUACAGUCAUAACUGAAGUGAAGGAUGAAUCCUGCUGUAUGCAGCAAGAGAUCUUUGGUCCUGUGACAUGUGUGGUAGUGUUUGAUACAGAAGAAGAAGUGAUUAAGAGAGCCAAUGGUAUCAAGUAUGGCCUGGCAGCCACUAUAUGGUCAAGUAAUGUAGGGUGUGUUCAUCGUGUGGCUAAAAGACUGCAAUCUGGUUUGGUGUGGACUAAUUGCUGGCUUAUCAGAGAUCUGAACUUGCCAUUUGGUGGCAUGAAAUUCUCUGGGAUAGGCAGGGAAGGAGCAAAGGACUCCUAUGAGUUUUUCACAGAGGUCAAAACCAUUACAAUAAAACAUUAAAUUUGCCAAUGCAAGUAUUUUAUGGCCAGUGAAAUUAUUUUGAUUUAACCUUAGCUACACAUCUCUCCGGGACAUAGCACUUUUUAAAAAUCUAUUUUUUUGGAAAGCUAAAGGUGCUCAUCAUAAUUAACAGCAGAUUAUAUAGCCCACCAUAUUAGACAAGAAGACAGGUAUGGACUCUGUAUGAUCCUCAGGCCAAAAACAUGAUUACUUAGGGAUCAGGGAAAUCUUGAGGCUUUUGCCAUCUUCUCUUCAAAAACCUUUCCCCCAAAAGGCAGAUUGCAGACAAGUUAAUAAAUAAUGAGGAUUGUUGUCAGUGAAUUACUUUGAAUGGCAAAUACACAAGUGAAUUAUGUAGUUAUACUUUAAUGGUAAUACUUUAAAGUGUAUUUCUAUAUAAGUGAGUAUGUCUCGUGCUAUAUAUUCACAUAUAUAUUUCACUGUUGUCAUCAAACUAGCACUGAGGCAAGUUCAUGCUAAAAUGCCCACAGCAGUACCUUUCACCUGUUCCUUUUUUGGUAAAUUGUAAACUCAUGAUAUUCAUGCAAUGCACAAGAAUAGCAAACAUUUUUUAUCAUAACCUAUUUUGAAAUAUAUAGCAGUAUCAUCAUUUUAUUAAAACCAAAGUGAACAUUUCUCACCAGGGCUUAUCAUUUGCAGGGUUCCUAGGAUGGUAUUUUUUUAUAUUCCUGCACAGCAAUUGUCUGGCAGAAAAUAUAUGCCAGCCUACUCAUGGAUACAGGCUGAAUGUGACUCCUUGUAGAAAGACUAGGCUACUUGUUGCAACAAAUUAAAAAUAUUCAUAUUACCCUUUAUUUCUUUUGGAGGGAUUCUGUGGGAGUGGUGCAUUUGGCAAAGGUUUUCACAGUCAAUUAAAACAGGAUUGGAAUUGCAGGCAAUUUUGCUGCCACUUGCCAUCAAACACCAAUGACAUUUUCAGAGCAGCUUUUUGUGAGGUGUGUUUUCAGGGUUUGAGCUGUUUCAUGACGGGAUUGUAACUGCAUGGUUCCAGGACUGGCUUCACCUGUACCAUGCAUUCAUAAGUAGCUGAAGCCAUUCUGACUAAUUUUCUCAGGUCUUUUCUGGAAGGAGACAUGUCACCCAGACACAGAAAAGUGAUUGCCAUGGAUCAAAGUUGUCAGGGUGGGGAAUAGAAAAUUAUCCUUCCUGUGCCUUGCAACAAAGAAAAUGCAGGGAAGAUGUCAAGGUGGUCUGGAGGAAUAUUUUUUGCUGAUCUACAGGGUGGAGGGGUACUGCAUGUGACAGAAGACCAAGAGGCACAUGGAAACAAUCGCUCAGGUUUGUUUGGAGCAGCAUCUGGACUUUGAAUGCUAAUCGAAACUUUUACAUUGUGAGGUCCCCACUGAUUCAUUUUAUCCAUUCCUCCCUCCCCACCCAUAUUAAGACUACUUACUUUGUAGUCUUUUAAAUAUAUGCUUUCCAGAGCAAUAUUUUCAUUGCAUAUACCCAUACAUAGUUUGGUUAUAUUAAUGAUGGGAUUUGUAUGUUUUUUAUACAGUUCAGAGAGCCCAAAGGUAACUUGAAAUUGUCCUAGCUGGAGCAGACCCCUUAUCUUUGACAAGCCGCCUGUUGGGGUGGGAGGGGCUGAUGGCAUAGAUACCUAGUCCAUGAUACUUUAACAUUGCUCCAAUAGUGUUGGAGGGCGGCCCAAGGAUAUGAACUUUCACUGUUAGGUUGAAAAAAAUCUUCCAUUCAAGGAGCUGAUUAUGCUUGUGUGUUUGCUAGACUUGGGUGAAAAAUAGGUUUUCUGCUUUGUGGGAAACUGUUUUUUUGAAAUUUCCCAUGAACAGAAGUUCCCCUGUUCCUUACAGCUGCUCAAUGAAACUGAUAUUCUUGUCCACUACAUUUUACAAUGCAGACAAACUGAGAGGCACAGACCCUGGCAGUCAAACCCCAGGUAAGCCAGAUAGCCCAAGACUUUGAGUUUCUGCACUUCAAAGAAAGAGCCUGGCAUGGCUUUGGCAUGGCUGGCUGGCCCUGAACCAUGGACACAUCUGCUGUGCUACCAGCUGACAACCCCAGGGCCAGGGAACCCUGCCUUUGGGCAGUUUAUCUAAUGGGUCUGCCCUGGUGCCCUACCUGGACUCCUUGUCUGCCUGGAGUCCAGGCAGGAUUUCAUUAGAACUUUGCCUUUGAUUCAGCAAAGCCAAAUGAACCCGAGAUGUUUUAAAUUGGAAUUUUUUAUGAAUUUUUUUGUCAGAAAAUUUCUGACCAAUGCUCCCUGUGACUACAAUUGGUGGGGGGGACAACAGUGUAUGUGCUUCAUUCAUUCUUCCUUCCUAUUAAGUUGUUACCAGAAAAAGUAAUUAUUACAUGAGUAUGAUGGACUCUCCUGAAUCAAUUAUAAAUGUCCUUUGAAGAACGAGACCAGAGCUGUAGGAUGACUAAUAGUAAUCAAUCUAUAGAGGAAGGCAUGUUGUACAGGGGGCAAAUUCUAAAUGUCUCCUUCUAUGACCAGUACUGCUCUGCCCCUCUCUGGGUUCAGCUUCAGUGAGCUGCUUUUUAUGUAAGCAUUGGUUUUGUCCUGGCACUAAGCAAGAUGCGGCCUGAUACUUUACAUAAAGUAGAUGUCAGCCUGCGUGUAGUAUGUAUAAGUGCACUAUGCACUUCAUGCUGCAGUGUCCCUCAACAAUUUCAGUGCAACGGUGAAUAAUAUGGAGAAUAGGCCUGAGUCUUGGGUGAGCACUACAUAGAUGCUACGAUAGUUGUCAGUAAGUGGCCCUAUAGGCUUCAACUUGGGUCUUUUUUAUCCUUUCCCUACAGCUUCUUGAAGACAGAACUAGAGUAUUGUGUGAUAGAAAGGAUCAAAAAAUAAAAACUAAGGACAUUCAGCAGGAUGAAGUUGUUUGAUACUUCCCUUGUGUAUUGGUAGGAGGAGAUCCUAUAACCAAAAUAAAUGCUGUGUAUGUAUUCCACCAUCUCUGAUUUUCAUCCUUCUGAUCUUUUUGAAUAGCAGAUCAUCUGAAUAAUACACAAUGAUGUGAUGAGGGAUAGGUCUUGGAAGAACACUGGUGCUAAAGCAUCUCGAGCAAUAGUUAUGUUAUGGUUUUAGUGUCCAAUUUAUUCUUCUAUUUCUUGCCCUCCUAUAUUUGUAAACAGAUGUCACCUUUGUGCCCCCAUAAAAAUGUUUAUGGCAGCAAAAAGGCCAAGCAAACAGACAUCCAUACCCCUUAUUGCACCACAGAUGCCCAAAGUCUGUGGCUGCAACAGAGAUGGUAUGAAUUUGUGCUGCUGUUUUGCAGCAUGUGUCUAUUUGCUUUAAGGCGUGGAGCUGCUCACAUUCUCCAGCCACCCCAGGUAGGCAUUUCCAGCCUAUGCAGGAUUGAGCCCCAUAACCCCUGGGAGUGUCUGCCCAGAUUCCCCCUUAGGGAUUCACCAGGUGCACAUCUCUACAUAUUUUGGAACAACUUUGCACAUCCUGGAACAGCUGAUCCACUUCGUUUGCCAACAUUUGUUUAUGCCCUUAGAUAAAUAUUUCCUAUAUACAUGUUUUGGAAUGUGCAGGUUUCAGAUGCUGCUGUGAUAGGAUCUGGUGGAAGUUUCUUCUUAUCUGGUGAUGAGACGAAUGCUUAUUUCUUCAUGAAGAAUGAUUUCUUAUGUCUCUAAUGUUCAUAUCCAGCCUCAGGUCCCUGUCUGGGCAGUAUGGAUCUCAUUUGUGUGGGUCUGUAAAUGAGCUGUAAAAUGGAGAAUUCAGACCGCAGGUUUUGGUCUGUGGUGACAACUGCAGUCUGCCUGGGUAAAGAAGUUUCUCAAGAAGUAAAUUUUAUUAAAUUGAUUCCUGCGUCAAGCAACAUCCCCCUUGAGUCCUCUAUCUCUUGGCAGAAUUUGGUGUUUAGAAUUAAACUGAAUGCUUGGAUAUAUGAGUAAUCUUGUCUUUGAACUCUGGGAUUAAGUGGAUAUACUCAAUGGAUUUUCCUUUGAGUGAGCUUUUCCUUUGUUUGAGCCUGAAGUAAACAGAAUACUUUAGUAUUUAGAUUUUCUUCCCUGUAUUUUACUCUGUGUUGUGAAUAGAACAUCAAGGGCAGAGUGGACUUAAUUCCAGGCCUGAGAUGUCAGACAGCCAGGUUUCUAUGAAAUUGUCUAAGAUGGGCAUCUUGACACAUUUGUUGACUGACCUGAUGAUAAUUGAAUUCAUGUGACCAUUUCAAGGAUUGCAUUACUUUUUAUGUAAGCCUUGAAGAAUUAAUGCUUCAGAUGGAACAAAUUUUUAACACCUGAAAGAUUAUCUGGCUAAUGCAAAGUUGUUACGGUAUGUGGGAAGGUAUGCAUUUGUCAUGACAAUUCUCACCUUGCUUACUAAUCGGGUUUUUGUCUUUCAUUUGGGCUUUUCUUAAUGUUUUUUCAAAUUUGUAUUCAAUUGAAUCUAUUAGUAAUGCUUGAAAACAGAUUUGCUCAGGGAGAUUAUGCGGCUGCUGUACAAAGAAGUGGAAGGUAAGAAGGGGAACUGAUUGAACAGUGCAUAUACUGAGUUCAGUUACAUCCUUGCUCCUACAUACUUUUCACCUUUGACAAAUAACAGUUAUUUUGCUUAGCUUCUAUUUCUUUUUCUGAUGAAAGCAGAAUUCAAACCCUUCUCCCUUAAUAAUUACUUGAGUAAUCAGAAAUACACAAUACAAUGGCAGGGUAUUGCAAGAAAACUGAGGUUGUUUGUGGAACCUUAACUAUGAGUGUAUAAGCUCUCAACAAUGAAUGUGUAGGCUCUCAAAUUCAUCAGUAGGUAGAGCUAAUGUACUCUGUCUGAAUUUCUACUUCCAGCACAGAAGUAAUGUGAAAGAUAAAGUUUUAAGGCUAAAAUGACAUUGUACUGGUCUCAAGGGUUUAAGAAUGAAUCUUUACUAGAUAUGAAAGAUUUUUUUUGAAAACUUACAAAGGCCCAUAACACAGAGAAUUGAAAUGUUCACAGUACUUGCCUUUAAGUAUAUAAUUAUUGCUUCACAGGUAAUUAAUUUGUUAGCUAAAUGGAUAAACCAAAAAAACAACAAACCAAAACUGCUUGGUUUGAACAGUGGUGACAAAGCCCAAAACUAACUGUCCCAUCAUUGUGCCAUGUCUGGAAAUGUAAUAUCUUUAAAUCUCUAAUAAGAUGUACCUCUGAAUAAUAAACAGUCUGUAAUAAGAUUUACCUCA